CUCUGGUGACCACGCACUCGGAGAACGAUCAGCCUCCAUCACAUGAAGCUGAUGGAGCUGUUCUUGUCCUCACAAGACCUACAACCCGGGCCAGUGACCAUUGCAGAGGUCAAGGGUGGGCUGACUGAUGGCAAGCCUACUGAUGGCAAGCCUGACACCGAGGAUUCCCCCUCUCAGUGGCGGAUGGCGCUGUCUCCUGUUGCAGAGGAGCCCCGUAGCCCAGUCAAGUGCUUUCGUCGAGCUCCGCGUCCCGAGGGGUACCUGACCCGCCGACGCCCCAACCCUGCCAUGCCCUCCACGGGCUCACCGACCAAGUACUCCAGCAAGCCUGUCGACCCUGGCAGCCAGAUGCUGCAAAACUUUCUCGACCGGCUGGACCAACAGGGCCUGUCUCAUGAUUGAGUACUUUUGGUGCCUGCCAUUCGUCUUCUGCAUUGUAGACCUUAAAAAAGCCAACGGGAUCAUCAUCACGUCUCUUACAUUACAUGCAGGACCUUGAACGUCUUAGACUUUUGGAACGGCAUGGCCUCGAUACCAUCAUCUUCACUGGUGAGGGAAGAAAGCACUAAGAUAGAUGGGCUGAACCCAGAUACUUAAACAUAGAAAAGGAAUAAACACGUUGAAUAUCUCG